UAUUAUUGUUGAGUUUUUAGGUUUUAAUCGUGAAGGGUCUGAGGAAAUGCGUUUACCGAGAAUGCGUCGCCAAAAAUUUGUUCCUCAAAAGAAAAGUGAGUUGGACCUAUUUAAUGAGAAGGAGCAUAUCCAGCAGCUCUAUGGGGCAGAACAUGACGAUGAAAUUAUCGUCUCAACGGAUCGUGGCGACCUUUUUAAUUAUCGUAUAACUAAGUUUGACCAAUGUGGAUUCUCUAAGGAAAUUGAAAAAAAUAUUAAAUUGCGAAAAUAUGAAUUUCCAACUCCGAUUCAAAGAGCUGUUAUUCCUUUAGUGAUGCGUAGUAGACAAGAUAUUAUGGGACAUGCUCAAACUGGAAGUGGAAAAACGGCUGCGUUUAUUUUACCAAUUAUUAAUGAAAUUCAAAGAAUUGUUGACUUGAAGAGAAAUAAUUUGGGAAAUAGGGCCAAUUCUUUGGUGAACAAAGACUCGCCAUAUUGUAUAAUAUUGUCUCCAACUAGAGAAUUAGCUCAGCAACUUUAUGAAGAAACUCGUUCAUUUGUUGCAAGCGAUAUUCCUAUGCGGCAUACAUUAGACUUAAAAGACCAAGGAUGUGAUAUUUUUGUAGUGACUUGUGGACGCCUUCGACAUCAUGUAAUGGAUGGGCAUAUCAAAUUGGCUAGUUUACGUUAUUUUGUUCUGGAUGAAGCAGACAAAUUAAUUAAAGACCGUCAAUUUUUUGCAAGUGUUGAUGAAGUUAAAAGUCAUCCAAAUUUGUAUCCAGAUAAUCGAAUGUUAUUAUUUAGUGCAACAUUUAGUAAUGAUGUGCAAAUGCUUGCACAAAAUCAUUUAAAAUCUGGUUAUUAUUUUAUUCGAAUUGGUAAAAUGAACAAAGCUGUUGACUUAAUUCGACAGGAGUUAAAAAACAUGACAAACUUGAAUUAUUAAUUGAAAUGCUUAAAAAGAAUUCUGUUCGAAAGAUUUUACCAAAUGGAGAGGAAUAUUUAGUGCCAGAAUUUAAAACUAUUGUUUUUGUUGAAGAGAAAAGAGAUUCUGACAGAAUUGCAAUUGGUCUUGUUUAUCAAAAAUUUAAAUGACCGUUCUCAAAAACAACGAUUUGAGGCGUUAGAAAAAUUUAAAAGAGGAAUUUUCCAUAUUUUGGUUGCGACUAAUGUACUUGCUCGUGGUAUUAACAUUCCUGAUGUUAAGCAUGUGAUAAAUUAUGAUUUGCCAGAAAAUGAAAAUGAUUUUGAAGUUUAUAUUCAUCGAAUUGGAAGAACUGGCCGUGCGGGAAAUUCAGGAUUGACUACUUCGUUUUUUGACCCAACAAAUUUUUCGAAUACGUCUAGAGCAAAUUAUUAUGUACAAGUCCUUACUGAUGCAAACCAAUUAAUUCCUGACUUUCUUCUGACAUGGGCAAAUGGAGAGAAUUUUUAUUCUUCUAGAUAUGAAAAUGACUUUAAAUCAAAAAAUAAUGGAUGGAAUAAAGAAUUUAAUAUUAAUUAUGGAAAUGAUUUUAAUUUUGAAGAGUCUACAUUUUUACCUUAUGGAUCUGAUGCAUUU